CAACUAGUCUUUUCCAGUGAUGUCCGUAACAUGGAUGACUGGGCCAAACGCACCGGGAUCCCGCUCACCACGGCUGACGCGCUGGGCCUCAACUAUGCGCGAGCACGACGCUGGCUAUUGUCUCUGAAGGCUCAGCUGCUCCAGAUGGGCUGGAGGGACGUCACCCCCGCCGAUCCCCGCAUGUUAUUCACCAUCGAAUUGCCUACGCCAUACCGCUCAUCAAGCGGCGUCCCACGAAGUCCGAACAUGCGCCUUCAACUGCCCGCGAACGCGUCUACCUUCUUCUCUCCAGAGAGGCGCGUUCAAUGGCAGAUGGUCUUCCAUAGCGCGCUGUUUCCAGCGAUGCGCCACACCGUGACGCCGAUCGCAGACAUAUUGCACUUGUUGCAAUGUCUGCUUACUGGGAUGCUCGUACUUGUCAAGGAAGAGCACUCGCCAGAGGAGGGGCUGUACCGCACCAUACGUGCUUUGCCGCCGGCGGACUGGGUUAGCUCCCACGAAGCCGCGCUGACAGAAGUCUUCGGGUCCGCGCACUACAGGCAGUUGUUUAAGGCUGCCAACGACAACCGCAUCGCCUUCAAGCUGGAG